AUGGAGCAGUAUAGUUAUGAACCUCUUGAUCUGGGCCGACCUGCAAUUCGACUGCUCUGUUUGCAUAGAGGAGGCAACGAGAGCGAGAUAACCUGCAACCUUUUCCAGGCAGAGCUGCAUCAGCGACAUGAUACAGUUUCAUAUGAAGCCCUCUCGUAUACGUGGGGCUCUGCUGACUUGACUGAGAGCAUCGUCAUAGAUUGUUUCUUUAUGAAUGUUACCUUGAAUCUCUAUGGCAUUCUUCAACAACUUCGUUAUCAGGAUGAGGAUCGUAUCCUAUGGAUUGAUGCAGUAUGUAUUGAUCAAGAAAACAAGAAAGAGAGAGGGCACCAAGUUGAGCAGAUGAGUGAGAUUUACAAGGAAGCUCACCGAGUAGUUUUUUGGCUAGGCCCGGGAACCUUUGAGACGGACGUACUCAUGGAAUCACUGCAACUGCUUCAGAGCGAAAUUGAGAAGCACAAUUACAGAAGCUGGCUGCCUGAAGAUGAUGAUUGGAAGAAACUAUACAACGGCGUGGUUUACGAGAGCUUCUAG